CGGGCGGGGGUCCGGCGGGCCGCGCGCCUCCCCCGGAACUCGGCCGUGCCAUUCCCAUGAUGCCCAGCCACCGGGCACGGCUUCCGGAGCGCGGCCGCCGGGGAAGCUGCCACCUGAGCGGGAAGGACAGGAGCUGAACCACUCUUUGGUGAUUUGACAGUUCAGAAACCUCCUCACUGGGAGUCUGAGCUCUCUACAGCCGUGCAACCACGGGAACGCGGUGAACACGGGGAGACCAGUGUCUGUCCUUCCCCCAGCUAUGCUACGUGGUAUGGAAAUCACUGCAGCCCAGUGCCUUUGGGUGCGUCGCUGCGCCCGCUUUUAAAAAUUGUAUCGCGGCUUAAGUAGUUAACAUUCUUGAUAUAGACUCUUCACAGCCCGAGGCUGACGCGAACAUCUCAUGAUCUCUUGUCAUUUUGCUGAGGCAGCUGGAAUAACCCCCACUGCAAGGUGGGCACAGGCUCCCCUAGCCAGUGAAAGAGCCCUCUCCCCACCCUGUCGUCCCCACUGGUCUGUGACCCCGGGAGCCUUCCGGGAGGGUGAUGUUACGAGAGAGAUUUGGGGCCGCCGUGGGAUGCCAGGGUCUGAGAACUGGCAGAUAGGUUCACAUACUUCCUCUGGUACCAGAUCUGUAGCCCAGGACAGUUGCGAAUUAGCUGUGAUUAACUGUCUUUGGUCUCAGGGUUAAGUUUUUCCAAAAUUCAAUUUCAAGCCCUUAAAUUAAUGCUCUUUCUAAAAAAAAAAAAAAAAAAAAAUCUGCACUAGCUGAAGUUUCGGCAUCUGAAUUAGCCGUUUCUGAUUUUCUUUACCCUGUGGCAGUCAAAAGUCUAUUUUAAAAGUCGGUAAAGGAACGGGAAGGGGGGGAGGGGGGGAAGACCUAAUCCCUGAAAUGCUUUACAAACAUUGGCUCCUGUGUUCUCCCACCGAACCUGGCCUUGAGAAUUUCAAGUGAUUGCAAUAAAUGCUUUUACAUUACAGCUUCACUUUGGGGACACACGAAUCCGUGAUCGUGAACGGCUUGCUUCCGAAGCUCUUGUGCCCUCUGGUUAAGUUGCACCUGUUUGGGCAAGUCUGUGCCUAGGUUGCCGGCCACGCUUUUCUUGGAAAGGACUGUGGUGUGUAAAUACAAGAUGAUGUGCUCAUCGGGACGGAGGCUCCUGGUAGAGAAGGGUCCAUGUUAAAAGCAAAGCAGAUACACAGGCCGGUUCCGGUCUGUCCACUGGGGUUCAAAGGCGGUGACAGCCGUGCCCGGCACUAUCCUGGGGCGGAACUCAGUUUCCCUGCUGCUGUAAAUGCUGCAAAGCUGUCUUGCAUCACAGAUGUUUUGCAUUCUGAUUGGGGGGGGGGGGGGUCAGAAAUCAGGGAUGAGAAAAACAGGUUAGGAAUGACCAGUAAGGUGACGUGUCUUGUAUUUUCUAAGCGACUCUCUACGGUGCCCGUCACAUCCCCCUCUGCAGCGGUCCCUGACCUUUAGCGGAAGGGCGCUUUGCAGACAGGUCCUCAGAACCGUUCCCAGGACCAGCCCAGCGGUUCCGCUGACGCAGCCACCCUCGGUCCGAGAUGCGGGAACCGGAGUAACCACGCAGGAUGAGAAAGGGCGCGUGACAGCGUGUGGGACAGCUUCUCUGCCGAUUAGCAGAGAAUGAUUUCAGCCCAUGAGACUGCCUGGCAGUUUUUAAACAAAAAGGCUGUAGGCUCUGUGGCUCUCUAAAGACUGUCUGGGGAAUUCGUUUUUUCAUUGCUCACAGCACAUAACUUUUUAUUUCAGGGGCUUGUUUUCCACAUCGAGAAGGAAACUGUCCGCGAAGUCACCCUGAGCUUACACUCACACAGUCAUUCUUUUUAACCUGCGGAGACGCAUACGCGCACCUGAUCGCGUCGGCACCUGUUGACAGCCUUUUGCGGCAAAUAACACCUCACUUCCGGCGCAGAGAAGACGGAAGGCCGAAGCAGGAACUCGGGACGGGGAAGAGACGCUUGAGGGGGUCCUUGGUGUGAGCCCGGUGCCCAUGGCUCGGGGGCGGGUCCUUCCUCGCCUCCCCCUGCAGCUGCGCGGACCGAGGCCCGGGAAGCAUGAGUGACCUCCCCCCCACGCCCCCGGCUCACCCGGCACCGGAUUCUGAGCCGCCUCUCUGGACUCCAGCCUGGCGUGCCGUUUCUCCGUGGCCGCGUGCGCCAGCAGAGUUGCGGUGACCCCCCUCUUUCCUCCCAGGAUGUGAAACGGGCAGAGAAAUAAAGAGUCGCCUUUCCGCACGUCCCUCCCCGCCUGCUAGAAUGUUUCUCAUGAACGCCCCUCCUGUGGUUGCUCUCCAGUCGAAAUGGGAGGCCUUUGGCACGCCCGGGGGCUUUAGGUUUCCCGGGGGCUUCGCAGAGCCGCACGAGGGCGUCGCGAGGGCUUCGGUGAGUGCCCGAGUGCAGAUGGUCAUUAGCACGCUGCAGAGCCACGAGGCCGCUCUGGGCAUGAGCAAUGAGCUUGCCCUGCAGAGAAGCCAGAGGGCAGAGAGAGGCCGGGACGCCAGGCUGGCCGCCAACCCCGCGUUUGCCGCCUGUGGGCUUGCUGCCGAUUUUGCCCCCUCCAGGGAGGAGGAAGCUGCAGCCUUUGGCCCCCUGGUGCUGGAUUCGGACAGCGACGAUUCCGUGGACCGGGACAUCGAAGAAGCCAUCCAGGAGUACCUAAAGGCCAAGGGCGGGGCCGCCCAGCCGUCCGGGGCCGCGGACGGGGGGAGGCGGUGCAGACCAGAGGUUCUCCGGAGUAGCGCCCCGACGGCCCCGUGUCCCCCGAAGCUGGCACCCAGCUCAGGGGGCGCCCCUGGCAGCCGUGUGCAAGCCGGCCAGGACCAGGGCUCCGCCUCCCCAGCGAGCGUUAGCAGCGAUGACUCCUUCGAGCAGAGCAUCCAGGCAGAGAUAGAGCAGUUUCUGAACGAGAAGAGACAACACGAGACCCCAAGAGGUGACGUUUCCGUGGACACAAAACCAGACCCCGGCGAUAAUCCGGCCAGACCGGCGUUUAGGUCCAGCAAAGAGCUGGCGGUCAGGGCACACCAUGCACCGGGUGUGACCGGAGCCUGCAGGGAGUUUGUCUUCCGGAAACCCCCCAGGCUGUCGAGGGUGAGCACGCGGCCCCGAGGCCUCAGGUCUAAGGCGGAUGUGGAGCCUGCAGAAGCGGCCCAGAAUAAAGGUACCAUCAGGAGGAGCACGGGCCCCGGAAGGAGGGUGAAGCGACCCAAGAGCACGGCCCCGGUGCCCGAGGCGUCCGGCUCCAGCAGUGACGAUGGCAUCGAGGAGGCCAUCCAGCUGUACCAGCUGGAGAAAAGGAAAGAGGCGAGCGGAGACCCGCCACAGAGAGCACCCUUCGCAGAGGGGAGGGGGCCCGACCCUCCCCCACGCGGCACAAGCCACUCCACAAAAAGUGCCUUGCCCGAAACCCACAGGAAAACACCAAGCAGGAAGAAGCCGGCGGCCCCGAAGGCCGUGGACCUCCGCCCAGGUGGCCCUGCCCCUGACCCCCCCUCCAGGCCCCCCAGGGAACCCAGAGCUGCCGAAGACGAGCUUGCCGAACGGCCGCCGUGCGGGGCAGAAACAUCCGCCGAGCUGAUGUGCGCGGAAGCGAUCCUGGACAUUUCCAAAACGAUCCUGCCAGCCCCCGUGGGGGGCGGCAAGAGCCCCCCGCCUGCCAGCCCGCUCUCCUACCCCGUAGCCCUGCCUGCCCGCCUCGACGGGGACAGCAGCUCCGUGGACAGCAAUGACAGCAUCGAGCAGGAGAUCCGGACGUUCCUGGCUCUGAAGGCUCAGUCGGGGGGUUGGCUGGCCACAACGGAGAGCCGCCCACAGUCCACACAGAGCCCACCGCCGUCGCCUGGCCCCGGGGUCCCUGUCUCCAAAACGCUGGGCCUGUCGCUGAGCUGCAGAAGGAAACGCAGGGGAGGCAGCAACGCUGUGCGGCCGUCCACACCCAAGAAAACAAGAGAGAUGGUGCAGGAGGGCACCCAGGCCGCAGACCAUGGCCCCGGGAACGCGCAGCCCGGCCGGGCCCCCAGGAUGGAGGGCGAGACCAGGGGCCAGCCCCUCUCCUGCAGGCCGCUGGAGCUGGGCGAGCAGCACAGUGGCCCGGACCCGAGGGGCGGUGUGUGGCCCGGCCACGGGAAGGCGGCCGCGGGGAGGAGCACCGGGGGGAAGGGGAGCUCGGAGGACAAGAGCAGCUCACUGGACAGCGACGAGGACCUGGACACCGCCAUCAAGGACCUGCUUCGGUCCAGGCGCAGGCUCAGGAGGAGGUGGAAGGACCCCAGGGCCGCAUGCAAGAGGAAGGUCAGGUUCAGCACCACCGAGACCCAGUGCGUGGAUAAACUCGGGGGCUGCCAGGACUGGAAAGACAGGAGCCCUCCUCUGCUGAAGAGUUGCCUCUCCAAACCCAAAAAAGACAGCAGAGAGAAUCAGGUGAAGACAACUUUGAGCGUCUCCUGCAGGGAGAUGGAGAGAACGCGGGCCGACGGCACGGGGACCGCGGACGCGCCCCCGGUCCUCCAGUCAAGGAGAAAAGCGCCCGAAGGGAACUCGGUCUGCGGGGACGCAGAAGCCUGUGAACUUCAAGGUGCAGGCCCCAGCCCCGGGCCCCCACCCGAUGACAGCAGCUCCGUGGACAGCGAUGACAGCAUCGAGCUGGAGAUUAGAAGGUUUUUGGCGGAAAAGGCCAAGGAGUCUGGGAGCGGUUCAGAGGCCCUAGGAGGGGGCCCCGCCGCCCCGGGCACACGGAGCAUGCCCAGGCCCGAGCUGCCGUGCCAGAAGGUGUCCACUCCCGCCCCGGCCCUUCAGCCCAGUGUGUGCACACAGAGCCAGCGGGGCAGGGGUGGCCCUGGGGGCACGGGGAGGGCCUUCCUUCCAGGCGGGAGGAGCGGCCCCCUGGCGGAGCAGGCCUGCCUCCCUGCGGCCCUGGCCAGGCGCACCGGCAUGGCCGGGGCCCUGUCCGCCAGAGGGUCGGCUGCCGGUCGGAGACUCGUUUGCACUCACAGAGAUCAGAGCCCGCGAGGGGCCGGGGGUGCCAGAGAGUGUGCUGUUGGCCCGCCGCCCGCUCACGUCGAAGCUGGCGUCCGGACGGAAAGCCCCGGUGCGGCCUUUGCUGUGACCACACGGGGCCGGAGCCCGCGGACUCGCAAGCCGGGAGCAGAUGGCCUGGGGGGCCCCCAGACCGGCCUCGCCCUCCCGUGGGCCGACUUCGCCCACCAGAGUCGGCUGCAGAGCGCGUGGGCGCUGAGCCCAGAGGGCAGAGAGGCCGUGUGGAGAGGGGGCCUCGGGGGCCAGAGAGACCAGGGGCUGGAGGGCCAGGACCCCAAGAAAGGCCUGCCCUUCGCGGGCUUCUCCUCACUGCUGUCCACACAGUUAUUCCACUUCGGGAAGAGUGUCUCCUGGGGGGGGAAGCAGGCGGGAGUCUUUAGCCCGCCCCUGAGUCUGCCCCUGCAGGGCCCGUCCUUCUCGGCCUUCAGAGACACGCCGGCUGGCCGCAGCCCCGUGUCCGGAGGCUCGCACCUGCUCACGAAGAAGGAAGGCGGACGCUGGCCCAGCCGGAAGUCACAGGCUGCGUGCACCCUGCACGCCAGGAGGAACUCGGGCUCUGAGGACGACGGUUUGGACCUGAGGUACAGGCAGAGGGCCGUCGGUGGAGACGACAAGGCCCGGGAGGCCGUGGGCAGUGACUCGAGCGAGCUCAGCGACACGUCCGUGGAGGAGGGCGGCGGCCCGGCAGCCAAGGGCAAAGCCCUCCAGCCCUGAGGACGCGUGCUGGCUCUGUGUCCUUGUGGGAAGCGCGUCUGUGUGCGUCCGCUGCUCGCGAGCCUGGGCCCGGAACGGGAAGGCCCCCUGCGCAGCCCCGUAGACGGGUAGGCCCGCCUGGAGCGGUGGUGUUAUUUAACAGAUGUGUCCUGGAAAAUAGGGUUUUUGUAGCCUUUUUGUAAAUUAUUUAAAGUGCUGUAAAAAGUAUUUUUGGAAAAUGCUGUUGUUUGGUUUUGUAGGGCAUUCCUAACUGCCGCUUUCUGUGGUCUGCGUGCGAGGCUUAGAUUAGCGGCCACUUGGCUUGGCCGUCACAGCCAGGGCUCAGGUGACCCUGACCGCCAGUGUGGCCGCCGGAAGCGUCUGGCCGUGCCUGGGAAGGCAGCGGUGGACGCCCGCCCUGAGCAUCCCAGAAGCGCCUCUGGAGGCCUCCGUCAGGAAGCUACUGGACAGCUCUUGUGACCUGAAGGCCGCCGGUCCCGCGAGGCCAGGGCGAGUCCUCUGAGCGCUGCGGUCGCCGCUUCCGCGGGAGAACAUUUCAAAGCACAACGGCCAGCGGGCGGACGGACCGGCACCCGAGCCUGUGUUGUUUAACGUCCAGCCCCGUUCAAUUCCUGUGUGAUUCUAACAGCCCAAUAAAGCCCUUUUCGUAUGGGAGCCACUAUUCCUCGUCGCCGUCAGUCACGGUCUGGGAAGGUGACGUCACCUGAGAGUGCCCUCCUCCCCGUCGGCACUAGGGAACACACGAGGCCAGGGCCGCUUUCCUUGUUGUGGUGCCCAGACAUCUGGA